GGAAGGCUCAUUGAUCGAUCAGUGCAACUUGUCCUUAUUGUCAUGAUCAAUUCAAAUCACACGGGCACGACCCGUCGUCCGUUUUCACGCAACGGCCCAUCUGUUCGUAAUCAUCGAGGGCGUUCACUAUUUUCUCCACAUCAUCACUCGCAUUCGUAUCAGGGCCAACAACAAGGGCAUCAGCAGCAACAACAACAACACAAUAACAACAACCAUCGCAUGAAUAACGGCCUCAAUACCGGGGGAAAUAACAACAAUGGCAACAACAAUCCAGGCCCAUCGUGGUACAAUAAGGACAACGCCGGUAAUAGUAGCAACAUUGAAGCCUGGAAUUCCCUUGGCAGCAACAACAACAAUAAUCAUCAACAGCAACAGAUCAACAACCUGCCAUUGCAACAACAAUUCCAUGGGCAAAAUUAUCAACCAAAUAAUCGUCGGGGAGGAACCAACAAUCACGGCGAUUUUUACAAUUUCCGACGCGGUGGUGGAGGCGGCGGCGGCGGCAGCGGUUGUGGUAUCAGCAACAACAGUAAUGGGCCCAACGUAACCAAUGGCAAUAUGAUGAUGAUGCCGCAUCGCAGCGUGGACUAUCAUCAGCAGCAGCAACAACAACAACACACCGAUCGCUUUAGCAACAAUAGUCACAGUCGAAACUAUAAUGGCGGGUCAAAUUCAGGUCUAUGUGAUAGAAAUAUAAACAACAACAACAACAAUGCCCACAACAAUGACUCGGGGAUGGGUGGUGGUAGCAAUUCUAGAAUGCUGGACAGUGGCGAGGGCAAUUCUAAUUUCCCACUAGGCAAUAAUGGUCGCAGCAAUAACAAUUCGUACAAUCGCUCUUCACAGUACUACAACAAUAACAACAGCAACAAUGUGUCAAACCAGUACUCAAACAAUGGACCAUCGACAUCGGCCUCGGCUUUGGCGGCCAAUGCUGUAAGCUCCUUAUUAGAUGGACCAUCCAGUUCAGGUUUAACGGGGCCGAACAUACUUAAAUCGGACAGUCCGUCACGUAAACGAAGGCGUAUAUCGGGAAGGAUGCCAAGUCAAUCGCCACCAGCCCUAUGGGAGCAGAGGCGCUCACCUCGCAUGUUGUUACAGCAAGGAAGCCCACCUAUACGACGCCCCCGUCUGAGGGACAACAGUUCGAUCUCGCAAAAUCAAAAUUAUUUCAAUAAUGGUGGCUACCACCAACAGACUCAACAGCAUCACUAUCAGCAGCAGCAACAACAACAGCAGCACCAACCACAUCCCCAACAACACCAACAGCAACAUCCCCAACAGCAGCCGCAGCAGCAGCAUUCUAAUAGUCAUUCAAAUGGCCAUUUUAUGACGCAUCAACAGCAACAACAACGUCCACACUGGGACAUAAAUACUGCAGCAGUAGUCAAUGCCAAUUCCGCCCCCUCAAUUGCUCUCAUACACACCCCACCGCCUACCCAUCCACACAAUCAAGCACAAAGUCCUGCAGCUUUACCACCGCCACCUCCAUUGAUGGUGGAUAUCAAUCAGGUUCCCGUAAGUUUAUCACUGCGUCAUGCCGAGCCAGUGUGGGCCUCAAUCUGUACAACGUAUCCCGCCCAGCCGCCACCACCGCCGCAACAGCCCCGAUUGGCGCCAUGUCAUCUCCACAGCAUUUAUCCACAACCAUUUCCGACUCAGCCCGCCUGCAAUUCGCAUCCGCAUGCUCAAUUUACAAAUGCUGCUGGUUUUUCGGCCGGUACCCUACAAGUGGCUCAGACGCCGCAGCAGCUUGCCGCAGCAACGGCCGCCGUCGCUCAGCAACAGCAGUCGCAAGCAGCACUGGUAGCUGCAGCAACGGUGGCUGCCAAUUAUCAGAACUCAACACACUUGACACAGCAACAGAGAUCUGAUGCAGCGGCGGCUGCUGUUGCCAGCUUGUCACUGGACCCAUCUGGCACACAUCACCAUCACCACCAUCAUUCGCAGGGUGUUGCAGCUGUGCCACAACUGCAGGCCACAUCCAUACACUUGACAUCGAUGUCGGCGGCAGCAGCCGCUCAUCACUCACAUUCCAUGGCAGCGGCAGCAGCAGCUGCUGCAGCACAAGUCUCACAGCUUUCAGCCCAACCACAGCCAAUUAUCAUUUCUGCCGAAAGACGAACAUUCCCUCCACAUAGGCGUAUUACACGCUUCUGGACUGCAAACCAUCCCCACGGUCCACAUAGACAUGUCUUGCCUCCUCAGACCUUGGGUCCACAACCGACGCCAGUACAGAUACAAACAACUGGCAUUAUAAAUCCUGGAUUUUUACUUAAUUUCCUUGCCAUGUUCCCAUUGUCUCCCUACAAUCAACAUGAAUUGAAUUCAUCCGAUUCCAAUGAGACCGAAAACUACGAAGCCCUGUUGAGUUUAGCCGAGCGUCUUGGCGAAGCGAAACCCCGCGGUUUGGCUCGCAAUGAAAUUGAUCAGCUUCCCAGCUAUAAAUUCAAUCCCGAAACUCAUAAUGGUGAUCAGACAUCCUGUGUUGUUUGCAUGUGUGACUUUGAAAUACGACAGAUAUUACGUGUCCUGCCGUGUUCGCAUGAGUUCCAUGCCAAAUGUGUCGAUAAAUGGUUACGGUCGAACCGAACGUGUCCAAUUUGUCGAGGCAAUGCUUCCGAUUAUUUUGAUAACCCAGAUCAGCAGACACGACAACAGCAACAACAGUCGCAAGGCCAAUUGCCGACAAACCAAACGACUUCAGUUCCUGCGACUACGGUUCCGGGAAACGUAGUGGUGGCUAGCGGCGAUAAUAGCAAUACCAGUGCAACUCCAACACCAACAACAGCAAUUAACAUUAACUCCAACAAUAGUCAAGCUCAGCCAAAUGGCCAAAGUAUAACAACAACAACCCACUAA